AGCAGCAGUGAAGGAGGUGCUGGAGGGGGACUAUAGGCCAGGGGAUUUGAUGUCGUAAAAUACCCCCACAGAGCCGUGCUGUGUCGUCCUGACCUGCAAAGGCUAUUGGUGCAGCCGGAGCCAGUGCCUAUACUCUCUCCUGUUUGUACUAGGACAGAGAGCCUCCUUCCCUCUCCCCUGUCCCUCUCUCUUUGCCGGGAGGAGGGGAAUAAGUUGUGUGUGUGUGUAUGUGUGACUGGGGACUGUGAGUGCAUGGGAAAUAUCUGGGUCAAAUGCUAGUCUGCCUUAUGCUAGCAGAAGAGGAGAGAAAAUGAUGAGCACAGAGCUGCGCAAGGUGCGCUCGCGGGAUGCGGCCCGGAGCCGGCGCAGCCAGGAGACGGAGGUGUUUUACGAGCUGGCCCACAGCCUGCCGCUGCCCCGCCGCGUGGCCUCGCACCUGGACAAGGCCGCCAUCAUGCGCGUCACACUCAGCUACAUCAGCAUGCGCCGCAUUCUGGCCACAGCUAACACUAAGACAGAAGCGUCACCCAGCAAAGAGGAACCACAGAAAAGCAACACAGAGGACGAGCAAGAGCAAGAGGAAGAGGAGGCAACAGACGAGCUGUACCAGCAUGCCAUAGACGGCUUCAUCAUGGUGAUGACUGAGGAAGGAGACAUGGUCUUCCUGUCCGACAGUGUCAACAAGUAUCUGGGCAUCACGCAGCUGGAGUUGAUUGGCCAGAGUGCCUAUGACUAUGUCCACCCAUGUGACCAAGAGGAGUUGCGAGACCUCCUCAACCCAAGACCAGCAUCUCUGAAAAAGAGCAAGAGUGAGAGGCGGCCAGAGCGCAGCUUCUUCCUGAGGAUGAAGAGCACUCUGACAAGCCGAGGAAGAACAGUCAACCUCAAGUCUGCCACCUGGAAGGUUCUCCACUGCACGGGACACAUGCAGUCCUACAGCACGGAGGGCUCCGACACAGCGGCGCCCUCUGCUGGGAGCUUCCUGACGCUGCUGUGCGAGCCCAUCCCUCACCCCUCCAGCGUGGAGUUCCCCCUGGACUGCAGCACCUUCCUCACCCGACACAACAUGGACCUCAGCUUCACCCAAUGUGACGGCAGAGUCACAGAGCUUGUGGGCUACGAACCAGAGGACCUGAUUGGACGAUCUGCUUUUGAGUAUUUUCAUGCUCUGGACUUCGACCAUGUGAGCAGGAGCCUGCAGACUUUGCUUUCCAAGGGGCAGGUCUGCACCAAACACUACCGCUUCCUGGCCAAGCACGGGGGCUUUGUGUGGGCCGAGACCAAGGCCACGGUUAUCUACAACAGCAAGACCUCCCAGCCAGAGGCCGUGGUCUGCCUCAACUUCAUCCUGAGUGGUGUUGAGCAGGCAGACAUAGUCUUCUCAUCAGAGCAGACUCGCACGGCAUCUCUCCCUGCUCUGCCAGAAGCAGUCAAGGUGGAGACGGUGGCAGAGGUGGAGAAGGAGAAGGUGAAGGAGGUGAAGGAGGUGUGCAGCGACGACAGCUUCUCCUCCUCUGGCGAGCUGUACAUGCGCCUCAAAGAGAGCCCAGAGGCACUCCUGCAACUCGCCCCCGCACCAGGGGACACGGUCAUCCCUCUCACAGAGUGUGUGGAGUUCUCCUUCUGUCGUAUGGAUGGGGAGGAGUCCGUGCCCGACUUCCCUGAGGAGCUGUGCACCCCUGAACUUCGCCUGCUGCUCUCACCCAUCUUCGACAAGCCCACAUCUCCAGCACCAACACCAAGUCCUGCUGUUAGCGAGGGGCCCAUGGAUGCUGAUGUGGUGGAGAGGUUCUUCGCUGUCAAACAAGAUGAUCCAUGUGAGGGAAGCAGCACAGAGAUCUUCAACGAGAUGGACCUGGACAUGCUGGCCCCAUACAUCUCCAUGGAUGACGACUUCCAGCUGACAGCCCUGACAGGCUUGACGGAGGAGGCUCUCACACCACCGGAGCAUGCACCCAUCGCCACACCCCCAGCCCCAUCCAGGAAGAGGCCUCAUGAGGUGGAGGAGGACGUGCCACUGCUGGUGCACAAGUGGGAGAAGAGGCAGAAGAACAGCCCCAUAGAGGAGGAGCUACUGCUCACACACAGCCUACUGAACCGGUUGAUGGAUCCUGAUGGCCCAGAUGAGUUGGAGCUGAGUCCCCGACAGCAAAGCAAACUGCUGACCGAUCGAGAUCCCCUACUGGGAGCGUCACCCCGCUUAUGUGAUACCAUGGCCCUGAUGCAAGACGCUUUACUGCUCCGCCCACCCGAUCCGACUAGACGAAACAUCAGCCUAGUCUCUCCCCUCACCUGAGGCAGCAGAACCCCCACCCCACCCAAUCCCAUCCCAUCCCAUCCAACUCCACUCCACUCCACUCCACUCCACUCCUUACAGCCAGCUCAAGAAACAGUGGAAGCCAUCUAGAAAGCUAUUAUUACGUCUCUUUUCUGAAUUAUGACACAGUGUAGCCUACAGUGUAAGAUUAUUUUUUUUUGUCGCACAAACAAGCUAUUUUAUGUUAGUCAUACUUGCUUCGUAUGUUUAUAUGCAAUAUAUCAUAUCCGUAUUUUAAAAUAGUUUUCAUCAAGUGGAUGUAUUGUCUGUACAAAUUGUGUAGCAUAGCCUGCAUUUACAUAUUCUUCAGUAUUUUUAAUUUUACAUUCAGCGCAAAUAUGUACUACUGCUAUUUGUCAACUUGCAUGCAUGUAUAAUAUGAUCAGUUAUAGGCAACGUGAAUUCACAUGUUUACAAGCCAGUGCCACAUGUUCCAAACGACCUGGUUUUACUUAUCCAAUUCAACCAAUUGAUCAUUCAACCAGGUGAUCACCUGCUUGAACUGGACAGGUAAGAUCAGGUCAUUUGGAAUAUUGGGCACUGAAUUGCAACUGAAAAAAUCGAAGUUGCCCAUAACUGUUGAUGAUCACUCGUGUCAACAUCAGCAGUGCAGGCGAGCAGGCAUUUUAAAAUAGAAAUAAGAAGGCCAUUAUGUGACCAUACUGUUUAACCACCCAGGAAGUGGAGGAUGUCUCCAAAAACAGAAGUGGUCAGAAGAGCAGACUGUCCUCAAAGGUGGUUGCUCUGCGUUUGCCCUGUUGUCCGUACUCAACAGUCAGAGGUGUGUGCACCUUCUCUCUUCUUUGUUCCACAAGCCCUCUGAGGACUUGAUUACACGUAUGCCGAUAUUUUUGAGAGCAUUUUU